GCAAGUUUUCCAAGGUGUGGCAGCUUGUGCCCUACUCUCUCUCUGGCGAUGCUCGGUUGUGUUGCUGCUCUGUACACCAACCAGUUGCUUGCAGUUCACGGCUACUCGGAAAGAGAACUCUGGGGACUGGACUGACCGAAUUAACUGGCACAGCUCCAUUGUUGCGUUGGCAGGUGGUUGAGGUCCCCCAAUAAUGCGGGCCUGGUGGCACUGUGGAGAAGGUCGGCUGCAGUCGAGUCCUCCUGGAGGUCGACAGCGCAUAUAUGAUGGCAUUCUCCAGCCUGCGACUCGCUGCGUCUCCAACCUUGCAGCGGCCCUUGCAGGCCCCUUACAGCUUACAGCUUCUAGCAGGCGAUGCUGGGUCAGCAGUACGGAGUACGGAGCACAGAGUAAAGACAAGGUGGGCAAUAGAGUACUCUAAAUUUUCUCUGUCUUGCCAGGUUGGCCACUUCUUUCUUCACAUUCCUUCCAUUUCUUUAUUAAAAGGGGCCCUGUGCUGGCUGACGACGCUGGCUGACGGACCCCCAUGUGCUCACCGACGGGGACAGGUACUCAAGUACUUGUACGACGCCCACCCAGGCAGUCUAGCCGCCGACCUAGGUACACACUACCCGUUCCUUGCCAGAGCCGCAGCUAAGGGCCCUCGAAGCUUGGCCUUCAGUAGUCUACGGGGCACCUACCCGACUGGACUGCAGGCCUCUUCUCGCACUUGCAAGUUGCACGCACGCACCAACACCACCGUCAUACAGGGCAGACAGGCAGACAGGCAGACAGGCACAUUAAAGUCGUCGCCAUCACACAGCAACAAAAAACAACACACGACCUCGGCCACCUUGUCCACCCUCCCCGUCGAAGCCCGACAGAGCCCUGACACACAACAACAACGAUUGGCCGCGGAGUCUGCCUCGACCGCCAGACGACUAUGGCCCCGCCCAUCGAGAUCUCAAUCCCAACUACAUCGGUCAACUCGCCGCCCGACUCGAAGCCCUUCACCCAGUACAACAUCACCCUGCGCAUGCCCCUGCGCUCCUUUGUCACGCAGAAGCGCUAUUCCGAGUUCGCCGCCCUGCACGACGAGCUCGUCAAAACCACCGGCGCCGCCCCGCCCGAGCCCCUGCCGGCCAAACACUGGUUCAAGUCGACCCUGUCCUCGCCCGAGCUCACCGAGGACCGCCGCCGCGCCCUCGAGACCUACCUCCGCGCCGUCGCAGAGUCGCCCGACCGCCGAUGGCGUGACACCCCCGCCUGGAGGCGCUUCCUGGGCCUGCCCCCCGCCAGCGGCGGCAGCGCCGCAAGCUCGAGCGGCGUCGCCGUCGAGGGCAGGGUGCCCGCCAUCAACCUGCAUGGCCCCAACGCCGCCGCCGCCAGCGACCCCACCACCUGGACCGACCUGCACCGCGAGAUGAAGGGCCACCUGCACGAGGCCCGCAUGCAGCUUGCCCGGAGGGACGCCGCCAGCGACUCAGGCGCCGGCUCCGGCCCUGGCGCAGCGUAUGGGAAGCAGGGGUCCACCGCCGCGGUCGAGGCCGGCGCGUCGGCCAAGAGGGCGCUGGUCAGGGCCGGCAGCCUGCUGGCGGCGCUCGAGGGCGGGCUGAAGGCAAUGGGGGAGACAAAGCGGCUGGGCGACGGCGAGCUGAGGCGCAGGAGGGACCUGCUGGCCGCCGCGCGCGCCGAGAGGGACGGGCUCGAGAAGCUGAGCUCCAGCCUCGCCUCGGCGCGGGGCGUCAGGGAGGGCACGCCCAGCGCCGGCGACAAGGCCACGCUGCUCUCCGGCGCGGGGGGGUCCUCGUCGUCAGCGUCGUCGCGGUCCAGGAUGGGCGGCGGCAGGGUGCUGGGAGCACCGCUGCCCGAGACGGAGAGGACCCGGGAGCUGGACAACGUCGGCGUGGUGCAGCUCCAGAAGCAGCAGAUGGAGGAGCAGGACCAGGACGUCGAGGAGCUGGCCAAGAUCAUCCGGCGUCAGAAGGAGAUGGGCCUCGCCAUCAAGGGCGAGGUCGAGCAGCAGAACGAGAUGCUGGACCAGAUGGACCGCGACGUGGACCGCAUCGGGGCCAAGAUGAAGGUGGCCAACAACAAGGCCCGGAGGCUGGGCAAGUAAGCGUCGCUAUCUUGGUCGAUGUCGGGAUAUGGAGUUUGUGUCUGUGCGAGGCUGCGAGGCAGUAGCCUCCCCGCGCGAACGACCAUGGGUGUUGUGGCAGUUCAUGAAAGAGUUGAUGUGGAAUGACGAUGGGUUGGGCCUGGAGUACGGAGUCUGGGAGAGCUUAUUUUGGGAUAUUUCGCUCGUCGACGACCGGCGAGCAGCUGAGCGGGGUGCUCUCAUGCGUAAUCACUGUGUACUGCAUAGUCCAACAGACAGACAUGGCAUCCAAAUUGAGGGGUGUUUUCAAAUGGGGACACGAUGUCUUCUAA